AUGGACCAGGAGGAUGACAAAAACUCUGUUGAUAUCCAUGACAACCCUCCAGCUCCUGAAAACGUAGUGAGAGAGGAAGGAGAAACUGUCUAUUUCAUAUAUGAGGAGGAGGUGGAGGUGGAGGAGAAGGAACCAGAACCUCCUCCUCCUGUAGUCCGGAUCAACGACAAACCCCACAAGUUCAAGGACCACUAUUGCAAAAAACCCAAGUUCUGUGACGUCUGUGCUCGCAUGAUAGUCUUGAACAACAAGUUUGCUCUGAGGUGUAAAAACUGCAAGACCAACAUCCACCAUUCAUGUCAGUCAUAUGUCGAGUUCCAGAAGUGCUUUGGCAAAAUUCCACCUGGCUUCAGAAGGGCCUACAGCUCCCCGCUGUACACCAGUGACAUUUCCGAUCCAAACAACCCGAACCGGAACGACCCCGUCUUUGACACCCUGCGGGUCGGUGUCAUUAUGGCAAAUAAGGAGCGCAAAAAGAAUGAAAAUGACAAGAAGAAUAUGAUGAUGAUGAUGGAGGAAGAAGAAGAGGAGAACAACCAACAGCCCAAAGAAAAGGAGGAGGGUGGAGAAGGGAAGCCUGAUGAUAAGAAGGAGAAAGACAAAGCAGAUGACAAGAGCAAGGGCACCUUCUCCCAGACCCACUACUACCUGGCUCUCUACCGCUUCAAGGCCAUAGAGAAAGACGAUCUCGACUUCCACCCUGGUGAUCGAAUCACAGUACUGGACGACUCCAAUGAAGAGUGGUGGAGGGGAAAGAUGGGGGAGAAGUCGGGCUACUUCCCCACCAAUUACCUCAUAAAAGUGCGUGCAUCGGAAAGAGUUUUCAAGGUGCUUCGUUCCUUUGUAGGAAACAGAGAGAUGGGACAAAUCACACUGAAGAAAGAUCAGAUCGUUGUGAAGAAAGGAGACGAGAAAGGCGGCUACUUGAAGGUCAGCACUGGACGCAAGCUGGGCUACUUCCCUGCUGAUCUGCUGGAGGAGAUCACUGUGACAUAAACAAC